AUGUCCUGCUCCAGCCUGUGUGCCCCUUCGUGUGGGGUGGCCGCCCCGCACCCACUGGCUGACACCACCAACGAGCCCUGCGUGCGUCAGUGCCAGAGCUCCUCGGUGGUGAUCCAGCCCCCGGCCACGGUGGUCACCUUCCCUGGACCCAUCCUCAGCUCCUUCCCACAGCACAGCGUUGUGGGCUCAGCGGGAGUCCCUGCCAUUGCCGGGGGCUACGGCAGCGGUUUUGGAGGCUAUGGUGGUUUUGGAGGCUAUGGAGGUUAUGGGGGCUAUGGAGGCCUUGGUGGCUGUGGGGGCUAUGGAGGCUAUGGUAGCUGUGGUGGCUACGGAGGCUUUGGUGGCUACGGAGGCUAUGGGGGCUUCGGAUAUGGAGGCUGGGGCCGAGGCCUUGUGUCCUUCGGUGCCAGCUGUGGGAGCUGCUAA